ACUCUUUAACAAAACGGACUAUAGCCACUGUACAUGGCUUGUGACCUACAAACCAACGGCUAACAGAUUGGGGCUGAUCGGUUCCUCACUGGACGAAUGUCAGGGCCUGCCAAAGAUUUGGCGCUGAUUCAGACAAGAGCUCUCAGGAAUCUGGAUCGGAGUACAGGACCCGAGUGAAUUGUGCAAUACAAUCUUUAUAUCCUGGCCAGUGGCGACACCUAUCUGUCGUCAGGGGAACCAGGGACUUUCAGACAGAGGGAUGUACAUGCACCUCUGAGCCUCUGACCCAUUGCUGCUGUCUCGUAAGUUGCUGCCAUGCCGGAGAAGACCGAGAUUCAGCUCGGUGGCACGAAGCGGUUCGAGUGUCGUGUCAUCGGCUACCCUCGUCCGGACAUCAAGUGGUACAAAGAUGGGGUUGAUAUUACCCAGAAUUCCCGCUUCAACUUCGCACAUACCCGUGAGGGAGUCAUCUCUAUGUUGAUAGAGAAGGUGUCACGACAAGAUGAAGGAUGUUACCGAUGCCGUGCCCAGAAUUCGGAGGGGAUGGCGUCAACUGCUGCCUACCUGUUUGUCAGGACUCGAAAAUCAAAGUUUCUGGAUGAUACUCCAUCUGUUCACUCAAUGUCAUUUGUGGAAGCAUCGGAAAAAGACUUAGAACAUGACCGUGAAUAUAAGUCAACACACAUGAAACAACGAAAACAGGAGUUUGAAGCGAUGGAGACUGAAGAAUAUGAACAACAUAUCUCUGUUGAGGAACAAACAGAGAUCCACAUCACUGAUCGAUCCACGGGGAACAUCAAUGAGAACAAGAAUGUGUCAGAGGAACCUGAAAACAGUGAGGAGUCUGAGGGCAGCUUGUCCUCGCUGGAGGACCUCAGUGGAACCAAAGAUAUACAGAUGAAGCUUGAAAAAAUGGCCCAAAUGUAUGAGGAAGUUACAGAAGAGAAAAGUACCAAAGGUAAAAGUGUUUCUUUCAAGAUAGAAUCGGAAAGUUUUACCCAGAGUACUGAAAUAACAGGAGAAUCUGAUUUGACAGUUGAAUCAGAAGUCAACAUAUCGGAAGAGAGAAAAUCCAAGAAAGUCAAAAUUUCGAUAGGUGAGUCAAAGACUGAUGAAAAUAAACUUGAAGAAGAAAUCAGGAGGAAAGAGGAGCAACUGUCAGUACUGAUUACACAGGGGGCAACAGAAGCAGAUGUGACAGAAACAAAGGAAGAACGUACAUCUUCAUCUCAGCUGGAUGUUUCAGGAGAUGACACCAAGCUGUCAACCCAAACAGCAGAUGAUUCGGGGCUGGGUAUCAGCUUCAGUGCAGACAUGGAGGAAAGAUCUUUUACUGAGCAAGAUGACUCCAUGGUAAUCACAGCAUCAUUUGAAGUUGAAAGCAAAGAAACUAAAAAUGUGGAAAUCAAGUCUGAUAUUACUCAAAUAAGUGAGUCAACAGUAGUUGAAGAAACAACAGAGUUUGAGACACAGAGCAGGGAAAGGGAACAGAAAUUAUCUGCAGAAGCGGAAGUUGAUGCUUCAAAGGAGGAGCUGGGAGGAUUAUCCUUUGAGGCAAGUGUAACAACUGACAGCUCAGAGGUGGAACAGGCUGGUCUGACAGUAUGUGCUGAGGUGGAGAUAGAGGAGAAGAAGGUUGAGCAGAAGCUGGAGGAAGGAAAGGAGGAAGUGCUGGAGAAGAGAGUAGAGGAGACAGAAUCUCUCAAUGGAGAAGUUAUCCUUGAAUCUGCUGCUGCUCAUGAUGUUGCUGGUCAAUCAGAUCUGGUGUUACCUGCUGUCGGAAUGGCAGAAUACAAGUCUGAGGAGCUUGGAGAACAACAGUCAGUUAGUUCCUUGGAGGACCUAUCAUCUGACCAUGCUGCUGAACCAAGAACAACUGCUGAUGAGUAUUAUGGCGAGAAGGACCUUGUCCUACCACUUAUAAAGCAGCUUCCAGUCUACAAGACUGAGGAAAUGAAAGAUCAACAAUCUGAAGGAUCGGUUGAGGAUUUACCUUUUGAUGAGAUAUCCCAGUCACAAACAGAUGUGAAUGUUGAGGAACAGCCUAUAGCUGCAGUAGUGGAAGCUGUGGGUAGUGUUACAGAGGUCAAGGAAGGCCCUCCCGAACAGGAAGUCUCUGACGUGCCAGAGACUACUGGAGAAACUACUUCAAUGAGUCUCGGCCCUGACAGUGGCAUAUUUGAUAUGUCUCUACAAGGGACUCAGUUCCAGGUGGAGGAACUGGAGGUCACUGGAUCUUCUGUGGACAGUGCAGAGCAUCUUGAAGCACAGGAGGCAUCUAUGGCUAAAGAAACAGUGUCUGGUGCUGAUGAAGUUGAACGAGUGCCUAAAUUUGUUAGUUUUAAGCAACAUGUUGAUGAGAGUAAUGUGGAUAGUGCAAUAGAAACAACUCAGAAUCUCCAAGAGACUGAAGUCUCUUUUGUAUCAAAAACUGAGGAAGAAAAGGCUGAAGUUAAGAAAGCCCAGGAUGUAUUCAUGGCAGAUGGGGUCAGUGAAGAAAGCCUUCCAGGUGAUGAAGUGCUAGAUCUCAGGGCAAAUGAAAUAGCUGCAGCUGCUGAAGUUGACAGGAACAGUUUGCAAACUGUUGACAAAAAUUUGGAAGCGGCUAAAGUUGAUGAAAGUUUUCUAGAUGAAGGAGAUAAAACAGAAACUACCAAACAAUUUGACGAAGAUGUCAAGGCAUCAGCUGAAGUAAGUGUGGAGCAUGGUACUGGCAAGCAAUUGGUGAAACAGACAUCCAUAGAAACAUAUAUAGAACAAGCAUCUUUAGAUGACCUUGCCGCUCUCGCAGAAUUAAAUACAAUUGAAAAUGAGGAGAAAAGUCAAGCAGGUGAAACUAUGGCUGGUGAAAAAGUGAUGCAGAAGGCAGACAAGGAAGGCGCUGUUGAAACUCAGAGCAGUAUUCUUUCCGAGAUUGCAACAGGGGAGGAUAAUCUCAGUGAAAUCAGCGAAGCCCCACAGCCUGCAGAGGUCAGUGAAUCCAAACAAUGCCAAGAGACGGACUCAGAAAGGGCACAAGUAAUGCCAGAUGAGCUAAUUUUACAAGCUGAUGGAAAUGUCGAGAACACCAAGCAACCUGGGGAAGAGGAUGUGAUGCUAUUACAGGCUGAAGUCGAUAUCUCUGAGACUGAAAAAAAAUUGGAUGAGACAUUGGCACUGACGGCAGAUGUUGAUGUGAGUGAGCAGAAAUAUGACUCAGAAGGUUCAAGAUUAAAGAUGUCAGCCACUGUAGAUACAGAACAGGUCCUAUCACCACCAAAAGUCACCCGAGUUCCGGAAGAUGUGUCGGUACAGUCUGGCGAGACCAUUCAACUUGUAUCAGAAGUUCAAGGAAGUCCUGCCCCUGAGGUGAAAUGGUUUAGAGAAGGGGACACAGUGAAGCCCACUGAGAGGAUCUCCCUCAUUGCUGACAAUGACAUCUACACUCUGGAAAUCAGGGAGGCCUCCAGUACUGACGCUGGCACAUACACCCUGACAGCUCACAACUCUGAUGGCACCAUCUUCAGUGAUGUCCAGGUCACAGUCACUACCCCACAGGAGGAGGGGGCCACGGGGGGAGCACCUGAAGGGGGCGAAAUCAGUGUGACAGCCAUCCUGACGUCUCCAGAAUUUGUCAUCAAACCAGAAGAUGUGACUGUUCAAGAAUUUGAGCAAGUUAAACUUGUGUGCUCUGUUAAAGGAACCCCAACACCAGAGGUCAAGUGGCAGAAAGAAGGUCAAGCACUAAAGGCAGACAAUCGUAUGAGAAUAUUUGAAUCUGACGGAUGCCAUUAUUUAGAAAUUCCACAGGCAACUUUCAUGGACAGUGGUGAAUAUGAGUGUGUAGCUACCAACAGCGAAGGAACAAUUUCUGUGGUUAUAAGACUUACAGUUGAAGGGAUCACUGAUGUUGAGAGCGGACUAUCCAAUGAGGAACUCCGGAUGGCAAUGUCGGAACGCUCGGACACUGAUGACAAUUUCUUGCGGGUAUAUGCUGUCACCACAGAGCAUACAGAUGACAGCACAAAUGUGACCUUGAACUUGGGGGAUGUCGUGGAGGUUCUCAACUCAACUCUUCAGACAGGCAACUGGCUGGUGAGGAAAACAACUGACAAGGAACAGGUAGCCUACAUUCCUUCCUCCUCACUCAAGUGCCAGGAUGUGCAGCUCUCCACACCAGAAGAAACAAAUGGCAGUGCACGUCGCCGUGAGCGCAAACUGUCCCGAUCUCCCAGUCAGAGGUCGACUGAAAUAGAGCCAGGGGACACAUCCGACGAUGAAGGCCAUUUCAGCCUUAGAGAAGGCUUCCCAGUGUAUGUUGUGAUAGCUGACUACGCCCCUGGCGAGAGUGAGACAGACUCACUCCGUCUCAGCGAGGGGCAGUUUGUGGAGGUACUGGACAUGCAGAGGCCGGACAGAUGGCUGGUCAGGACAAAACCUACCAAGACCAGUCCUGCCAAAGAAGGAUGGGUACCAUCUGCAUAUUUGAACCUGAAAAUGCUGGGCAGCACAGUAACCAAGAGGUCCACAACAGAACAGUUUCGUGAGGAGAUCAUUCAGAUCUCAAACAAACAGCAGGAGUCUCUCCUCAAGAGGAGGGAUCCUGAUGACUUUCCAUUGUAUGCUGUGACGGAACUCCUGGAAACGGAACGAGAGUACAUCCGGCACCUGGAUCACCUCAUCACGGACUACUGUCAGAGGCUUGGGGAGAAGGACACCCCAGAAGUCCUCAAGAACAAGAAGGAUGUCAUCUUUGCUAAUGUUAAACAGAUCCAUAAGUUUCAUGAUGAGGUGUUCCUGCAGGACCUCUGUGCAUGCGCUGCUAUACCAUCUAAUGUUGGAGCAGUUUUCUUGAAAAAGCGUGAUGAGUUUAUGCAGUAUGUUGAGUACCUGUGUCCGAGGGAGACUGCUGAAUACUUUCUGGAAACAGAGGAAGCUUGUCUCUUCUUGAAGAAAUACAGUGCAAGCAUCAAGGACACGGAGACAGCACUGAAGGCACACCUGAUGAAGCCGGUGGAGAGGCUGGCUGCCUACAAGUCAUUCCUCCAGGACUACCUGAGGUACACCUCGCGAGCGGGGCAGGACUGUGCUGACGCGGAGGCAGCCAUUGCGAUGCUGAAUGAGAUUACUAACAUGGUCCAGCAGAUCCAGAUGCUGAGCCUUGUUGAGGGAUUCUCCGGCGACAUCAACGAAUGUGGACCACUACUCAGACAUGAUGAUUUCUUGAUGUGGGAUAGCCCAAAUGCAAACUCAGGACGUGGCAAAGAACGCCACCUGUUUCUGUUUAAUGACAAACUCAUCUUAACAAAACGCAAGAAGCCUGACACGCCGACCGAUACGGCCACCUAUGUCUUCAAGAGCCUGGUUGAGCUCCAAAAUAUUCAAAUCAAUGAAAAUGUGAUCGAGGAUGACCGGAGAUUUGAACUUUGGUAUGCAGAACCCACCUCUGAGAAACUAACAUUCCAAGCCAAGAAUAUUUAUUCUAAGCAAGCCUGGAUCAGGGAAAUUAGAGGAGCAUUGAAAAGAUUAGGUGUUGAAGACACAGACAUCAUGCCAGAACGACGUUCCAAUGCGGCAUCUCCAUCCAAAAGAUCCAACAUGGAGAAUGGCGACAUUGGUGACGAAGUUGACAGAGGUGGAGACAGUGGCUCUGAGUCCGACAGAACACAAGACUACGUCUCCCUGAGCUCCCUGGACACCGAUAUGAGCAGCUACCACACUGCGCAUGAGUUCGAGGACGGAUCCACCCAACCUUUCUUCAAACGCCGCCCAAAGAAGAUUGUCUGUACAGAGGGGUCAACAGCAAAGCUUGAUUGUGUUGUUGGUGGAAACCCACUACCGACACUCACUUGGCUGACCAAUAACAUAGAAGUUGAGGAGACUGCCACCCGCAAGUGUGUUGUCGAGGGAGACAACUGCGCCCUCGUAUUUCGGGAGGUGAAGAAGACAGAGGGUGGACAGUACACAGCCAAAGCAACCAAUGUUAAUGGUGCUAUAGUCAGCACAACAGAACUUGUUGUAUUAGAAGAAAUCCAGGAUCACGAGGCUGUAUCGGAACCACCGUCUAAGACAGUAUCACCAGAGCCACAAGAGAACGGUCAGCAGGAGGCAGAAGCUGUCAAAGAACAAGAAUCAUCACAAAAACCAGAAAAGAAGCCUACACCAGAACCGGUUAAAGAGCCUGAGCCAGUAAAGGAAUCUACACCAGAACCAGUAAAGGAACCUGAGCCAGUAAAGGAGCCUACUCCAGAACCAGUUAAGGAACCUGAGCCAGUUAAAGAACCUGAGCCAGUAAAAGAACCUGAGCCAGUAAAAGAACCUGAGCCAGUAAAGGAGCCUACACCAGAGCCAGUAAAGGAACCUGAGCCAGUAAAGGAAUCUACACCAGAACCAGUAAAGGAACCUAAGCCAGUAAAGGACCCUACACCAGAACCAGUAAAGGAACUUACACCAGAACCAGUAAAGGAACCUACACCAGAACCAGUAAAGGAACCUGAGCCAGUAAAGGAACCUACACCAGAACCAGUAAAGGAACCUACUCCAGAACCAGUAAAGGAACCUGAGCCAGUAAAGGAGCCUACUCCAGAAACAGUAAAGGAACCUAUUCCAGAACCAGUAAAGGAACCUGAGCCAGUAAAGGAGCCUACUCCAGAAACAGUAAAGGAACCUGAACCAGUUAAAGAGCCUACUCCAGAACCAGUUAAGGAACCUGAGCCAGUUAAAGAACCCGAGCCAGUAAAGGAGCCUACACCAGAAACAGUAAAGGAACCUGAGCCAGUUAAAGAACCCGAGCCAGUAAAGGAGCCUACACCAGAAACAGUAAAGGAACCUGAGCCAGUUAAGGAACCUACACCAGAACCAGCAAAGGAGCCUACACCAGAACCAGCAAAGGAGCCUACUCCAGAACCAGUAAAGAAACCUGAGCCAGUAAAGGAGCCUACACCAGAACCAGUUAAGAAGCCUGGGCCAAUAAAGGAGCCUACUCCAGAACCGGAAAAGGAACUUGAGCCAGUUAAACAGCCUGAGGUAGUUAAGGAGCCUGAGGCAGUAAAGGAGCCUACAGCAGAGCCUGUCCAAAAAACUGAAGAGCCUUUGACAGAACCUGAAUCAGAAGCAGAACCAAGCAAGGCAGCAGAGCCAUCAGAGCCUGUAUCGGCCGUUGAAGACCAGAAGGAAGAAACUGUUGCUAAAGGCAGUGCUCCAGUUAUUAAAGAAGAUAUGAAAGACAUGAGAAUAGAAGUUGGGCAUCUUGCCCGUUUUGACUGCCGUGUGUGUGCUUACCCUGAUCCAGAAAUUGUAUGGAAGAAGGAUGGGAAGGUUGUAAGGGAGAAUGAGAAGUUUAAGCUGAUCAACGCCAACGAGGACAUCUUCUCUCUCCUAAUAAAGAAUGUCAAGGUGGCAGAUAGUGGCAGAUACCAGUGUGUGGCCAAGAACGAGUAUGGCGAGGCCACCACAGAGGCCUUGCUCAAUGUCAUUGCUCUUAAGGCAGAGAUUGAAGAGGAAAUGAUGGCCCCACGUUUCACCACAAAGUUCUAUGACCUUGACUGUCUGGAGGGUGUGCCUAUCGACUUCAACUGCAUGUAUCAAGGCAAGCCUGAACCUGAUGUCGCCUGGUUGAUUGAUGGCAAAGUGGUCACAACAGAUCUCAACUUUGAUGCCACAAUGACAAAUGAUGGCAGACAGGCAGCUCUUGCUUUCCGAUUGGCCCAGACCUACCAUUCAGGGGAGAUAACUUGCAGACUCAGGAACGUAGCUGGAGAGGCAAAGUGUCGUGCAUGGUUAAAUGUCAAGGAAGAUCCGAAGAAACGGGGAACAAAACCCGAGUUUGUGGAGAGACCGAGAGAUGCAGACAUCAGAGAAACAGAAGAAGCAACAUUCGAGGCAAUCGUCAUGGGUGACCCUGCUCCGGAGGUCACUUGGUACUUCAAGGGCAGAGAACUCUUUGAGUCAAAACGCCGUGAUAUCAUCCAGUCGGGUGAUACGUACACGCUGGUGCUGAAGGAUGUAAUUCCAGCCAAUGAGGGCGAGUACACUUGCCGGGCCAAGAAUGCUGCUGGAGAAGUCUCUUGUCAGGCCUGGCUGACAGUCCUGGCACCAAAGAGGAGAGAAGCAUCGCCACCGAUAUUCAAGGAAGUACCUGAAAAGAAGGCCAAACCCUAUGGGUUCCCUCCAUCCUUCACCAAGAGAAUCAUGGACACUAUUGCUCCUCCUGGUGGCUCAGCAAGAUUUGAGUGCCGCACCAUCGGUGUGCCAGAGCCAGAGGUUGAAUGGAAAAAGGAUGGGCUUCCUAUCAAAGACGGUGGCAAGUAUUCAAUUGGGAAGGAAGGCAACACCUACUAUCUGACACUGGAUGAUGUGGACAAGGAUGACAUGGGAGAAUUCACCUGCACCAUCACAAACGAGGCCGGCAAAGCAACCAGUAUGGGAAGGCUGAAGGUUAAAGAGGAGAAGGCGUACUCCCCUGAGAGAGUGAUCAUGCCUGACUACACACCUUCGUAUGCUAUCAAGGCAAUGGCAGAAGACAAUGUUCCCUCACUACCAUUUGACAAACCAGUUCUCCUGGACAUCAAACCAGAUGGGGUCAAGUUGGGCUGGCUCCCAGCACACACUAGUGAUCUCCCGACCUCCUCAGGCCCAAUCACCUACAUCCUUGAGGCCCGAGAGCUGCCCAGUAUGAGAUGGUCCCGUAUUGCAUCUGACCUCCACGGAACUCAGUACUAUGCUAAAGACCUCUCUCCCAACAAGGAAUACAACUUCAGAGUUCGUGCAGAGAACAAGUUUGGAUCCAGUGAGCCCACACUCCCUGCUGUGCUGGAUAAACGAGAAGUACCAAAGAAAGCGCCGAAAGAAUUUGAUGAUUAUAUUGGUGCUCCCAAACUUCCCUCUGCUAAACCCUACAUCACAGACAUUGGCGCUGAGACUGUCAGGUUGGCAUGGGAACCAGCUCGGUUGCCUGUUGACCGAUUUGAAGCACCUCCAAUUUCAUAUCGUUUGGAAGCUCAGGAGUUGCCCCGAGAGGACUGGGUGCCACUAGUGAACCGUAUCCAUGACCCAAGUGCGUAUCUAUCUGAUCUGGCUGGAGACAGAGAUUACAACAUCCGUGUCCGAGCAGAGAAUAAAUAUGGCAUCAGUGAGCCUUCGGAGCCAUUAUGGCUGCCAAGAGCCAAAGCUUUCCCUGGAGUACCAAUCAGCCGUCCCCAGAUUGUUGAGUUGGAGCCGGAGUCUGUGAGGCUGAACUGGCGCCGUGUUGACAUCCCGACAUUUGAGAGCCAUGAUGAACCUCUGCGGUACAUGAUCGAGAGGAAUGAGCCGCCCAGCAACAUCUGGAGCCGAGUAGCCGGUAACAUCCCAGACACCACAUACAUCGUCCAUGGAUUGGCUCCGGGACAGGAUUACCGAUUCCGUGUGAGAUCUGAGUCUCCGGAUGGAAUAUUGGGAGAACCCAGUCCAGCUACGUCACUGUACAGAACUCUAGCGCUAUCCAGAGUUCCUGUUGAUGCUUUGGAGAUCGAUGAUUAUGAGCCUGACUAUGAGUCUGUCCGGUUGUCAUGGCGACGAGUGGAGGUACCACCCUAUGAAACAGAUGAAGACCAUCUGACCUACAUGAUUGAAGGCUCUGAGCCUGGAGUGGAUGACUGGAGACCUCUAGCCACUGGUAUCCCAGGCACGACCUACAGACUACCGGACAUUGAGCCCACACAGGACUACAGGUUCCGGGUCCGAGGACUUACCCCGUAUGGAAUCAGCCCUCCUUCAUACCCAGCCAGCAUGUCCAGGACUAUAGCUCCAAUGAGACCAAUCACAGAAGGUGUCAAGCUGUCUGAAAUUAAACCUGACAGUGUCAGGUUGUCAUGGCGACCACUCAGUCUUCCUGACCAAGAUAUGGAACCAGUCAGAUACCAGAUUGAGACACAGGAAGUUCCAAGCCUGGACUGGAGACCAAUCGCACGUGACGUGAAAGACAAUACCUACCUUGCGACAGGCCUCACUCCAGGACGAGAUUACGCCUUCCGAAUCAAGCCAAUGGGUAUUCUUGCUGAUCUCGAACCCUAUCCUGCCGUUACUCUCACAUCUUUCCCAGUGAGGCCACGACUGCCUAUAAGACAACCAAUCAUGUCCGAGAUGGGUCCAGAUUCCAUCAGGUUGUCAUGGCGACCAGCUGAAUUGCCAAUGUACACCCGCAAACCUAUCCCAAUUACGUACACAGUUGAGAUGCAGGAGCCCCCAAGCUCCACCUGGCUGACGUUGGCUCGACGUAUCCCCGACACCAUGUACGUGGUGAACGCACUCCGCCCUGACAAGGACUACAUCUUCCGCAUCCGCCCGGACACUGAGUAUGGUCCUGGAGAGUCCAGCAUUCCACUCCGGUUGAACAGAAGACCAGUUCUGGCACUGCCACAGAGGGAACCAAUCAUCUCCAACAUUUGCGCUGACUCUGCGUUGUUGUCAUGGCGACCACUGAUACUUCCUACUGGAACCAAGUUGUCGACUCCAGUUACGUAUCGUAUUGAGUCUAAGGAGCCUUCAGGUGGAGUAUGGACACCUAUGGCCACCAACAUCCCUGGAAACAGUUACACUGCCCGAUUCCUUAAUCCAGAUCGCGACUACAUGUUCCGAGUAUGUGCUGAGGGAGAUGGCAUCGAUAGUGAGCCAACACCUGGAGCCUACCUGCCACACAGAGCAAGCCCUCCACACAUGCCCAGAGAGAUGCCGUAUGCCUUCAACAUCAAGCCUGACUCCCUCACGUUGUCCUGGCGGAAUGUGGAACUUCCGACUCGCAUCACAGAUUACUCACCGGCCACAUACCGUAUCGAGAUGAUCGACUCACCUGGCGGUGACUGGAAGGUUCACACACGGGGUAUUCCGAAGACGCAGAGUCAGGUGACAGGACUGGUUCCAGACCGAGACUACUCCUUCAGGGUCAGGGCAGAGAACGACUACGGUCUUGGGGAGCCAACUGAUUCAGUUGUUGUGAGAAAACGAGCAGUGCCACCAUACUUGCCCCAGGAAGAACCAUUCAUGUCAGACAUGCGCCCAGGAUCUGUCCGGAUGUCAUGGCGAACAGCAGACAUGCCAUCAUAUGUACGUGACCAGAUUCCUGUGACUUAUACGAUCCUGUUCCAAGAGUUGCCUGACACCAACUGGCGCCCUCUAGUGAGGAGAAUCCCUAACACAUCAUACCAUGUGUAUGGCCUUAACCCAGACCGAGACUAUGCGUUCCGUGUACAGGCUGAGAAUGACUAUGGCAUGAGCUCUCCAACACAACCAUCCAGGAUGCCAAGAUUUACAGAUUACAGACUGAGAAACAUUGCGGAAGAUAUUCGAGGACCAAUUGAAAUUCCAGAAUUUGAAGACUAUGAACCAUCCAAUUUGCGGCUGUCUUGGAAACGACCUGAGAUCCCUGCAUAUGAGAAGACAGCACCAACAUAUCAGAUCGAGACAUGGAGACCGAAAGAACGUGAUUGGCAUCCAUAUGUGUCCAAGCUGACUGAACCAUCAUACAAGCUGACAGACCUUGACCGCUAUAAGGAUCAUGUGUUCCGGAUCCGUGCCGAGACUGAUACUGGUCUUAGCGCACCUUCUAUUCCCAUUUCCUACUCUCCCAGAAGAGUUGUGCCGAGAGUCCCAGUAGAGAAGCCUGAGAUCUAUGAUAUCCAUGGUGACUCUGUCAGGGUGUCAUGGCGACCUGUCUAUCUCCCAUCCUUCUCUCCAAUGGACCUGCGUUACCGUCUGGAGAUUCGUGAACUCCCAACCACCCACUGGCGAACUCUUGUCCCCAACACCUCAGACCUUUCCUAUCAGGUGACUGGACUUCGGCCCAGACAAGACUAUGCGUUCCGAGUCCGCGCCAUUACUGAAGAAGGCCCCUCAGAACCAUCAUACCCGGUCUACCUGUACAGAAAGCCUGCAAUCCCGUACAUCCCCUUCUCUGCCCCUGAGAUUGAGGAUGUUGAAGAUACCUCCGCGAAGCUUCGCUGGCAGCUUAUUGACGUUCCAGCUUUCGAAUGUGAAGAUGAGCCUCUAUCGUUCAUGGUUGAGAGUCAGCGUUUCCCUGACUAUGAAUGGAGGCCUGUUGCCCGGGGAAUCACGGGAACAUCUCAUCGCUUGACGGGACUGCAGCCACGACAGGAUUACUAUUUCCGUAUCCGAGGAGAAACACCGUAUGGACUGACGGAGCCAUCCACACCAGCCACUCUGUACAGGAGACCAGUUUCAUCAGGAGUGCCAAUUGCUAGACCGUCUAUUUUCGCCGAUGAGCCGUAUGGCGCCAGACUCCGUUGGAGCAAUGUCCACAUUCCAUCCCGCAAGUCCAUGCCAAAAAUGUCCUACGUCAUCGAGAUGCAAGAACCGCCACGAAGGGAAUGGACACCAAUUGCAAGGGACAUAACUGCACAUGAGUACAAACUGACGGACCUCAGCCCACGCAAGGACUACAUGUUCAGGAUCCGUGCCUCCGACCCAAGUGGUGACGUCAGCCGACCUACACCACCCAUUCCGUACUGGAAGUCCACUAGACUGAGCUACGAACCACUGGUUGCUCCAGAAUCCCUCAUCAACCAGGAGGACUUCACUCUGACAAACAGACCCUAUAUCGAAAGCCUCACUGUUAAAGUUCCACCUCGGCUCACCAUUGAGAAGCCCACAAUGUAUGAGUCGACCCCCGAGUCUGUCCAGCUGUCCUGGCAUCCUGCUCGUGUUCCCAAGGCAACCACCUCCCUCUCCAGGACCACCUACAGAGUGGAGAUGCGGCCUCAAGAUUGUUUCGAUUGGCGAGAGGCGGGAUCCGGCAUUGUUGGUACAACUUUCCAAGUAAAGGACCUCCACCCAUUCCUGGACUAUGCCUUCCGUGUCCGUGCAGUCAAUGAUUUCGGUUACAGUGAACCAACACUUCCUGUAUUCCUUAACAGACCAAUAGAGCACAGGCUGUUGGGUGAUGAAGAUGAUGAUGAGGCAUUUGACUUCGGAAAACCAAUGAGCGAAACUGUGCCACCAAAGCUUCCAAUUGAUACGCCACGUCUGCUCACCAUGGGCCCAGAGUCGGUGCGCAUGUCCUGGAUGCCGGCAAGAAUCCCAGUGUAUGCCAAGUCUACACCCAUCACCUACACCAUCGAGGUCAAGGACACUCCAUCUGGGUCAUGGAGGGAUCUGAUCGGUGGAAUAAGUGACAUGAGUCACGAGAUUGGUGACCUGAAACCUUCUCAAGACUACCACUUCCGUGUGAGGGCAGAGAAUGAGUAUGGUGUCAGUGAACCUACCUUCCAUGCUGUGCUGUCAAGAGCGAAAGCUGCUGAGAAGAGACGCCCAUCCAUUGAGCGUUCUGACGAUGGAAUACUGUCAUCAAAGACACCAUCCUACAUCGACAGUCUCAUGUCUGGAGUGCCUCCAAGAACACCUACUGGUCGCCCAACCAUCAAUAGCCAGACAGAGGAUCGUCUUGUCUUGAACUGGCAACCUGCAAGAAUGCCAUCCUACCUGCGCCAGACGAAGGUCAGCUAUAUUGUAGAGCAGCGGGAACCGCCAAAUCAUUUAUGGUCUGUCAUUGCUGAAGAUGUCCCAGAAACAUCCUACAAAGUGCGUGACCUUGACCCUGAACAGGACUACAUGUUCCGAGUGAGAGGUCAGAAUGAGUUCGGUACCAGUGACCCCACGCUUCCAACAUCUCUAACAAGAGAAAGAGAGGACCCCAAUGCUCGGGAAUACCGUGGACGCUCCAGCUCCAGGGCUCGCAGUGUCAGUCCGUCAGCUCACCGCAGAUUGUCCCUCACACAGAAAGAUGACGAUCCUUUCUCUGAAGGAAUCCCCAUUGCUCCUGAUUUCGUUCUGCCCAAAGAGAACAAGCAGUAUGGGGUGGAAGGUGGAACAGCCAAGAUCAUCCUACAGUUACGUGGUAACCCCCUCCCUGUCAUCAUGUGGUACUUCAAUGAUGAGAAGAUCAUCUAUGGUGACCGCUACAAUACUUACAUUUCCCCCAGUGGUCAGGUUGUCCUGGAGUUCACAGACAUGGGCUGGCCUGAUGUUGGACAUUACAAAUGCGUGGCCGAGAAUGACCAUGGAAUAGCUGAGAAGACCACACAUCUUGAGAUGGCAGAUCCUCCGACCAUCAUGGUGGCCCUGAAGGACACGACCUUGGUGGAAAGAGGCAGUGGCCAACUUCUAUGUCGUAUUGAUGGUUAUCCCACCCCAUCAGUUAAGUGGAGCAAGGACUGGCGCCCUCUGUCAGAGACAUCCAGAAUCUAUGUGUCGAACCAGAAACCAGACACCUGGACGAUGAACAUCAACAAUGUCAUGUCAAUGGAUGAAGGCCAGUACAUGGUGGUGGCUGAGAAUGUUGCUGGGAAGGUGCACUGCUCUGCCAGGCUCACUGUGGAAGAUGUCAUGCCAACCAAAGGUACCACAGAUUUCAAAGACACUUCCAGCAUCGAGGAUGGUUACUACGUCUUGGAAGAACUUGGCAGGGGUCGUCAUGGUGUUGUGCACCGAGUCAUUGAGAAAUCAACCGGCAACGUAUAUGCUGCCAAGUUUGUGCGAGUACGCGAUGACACAGAGAAGGAUUUCUUCAGGCCAGAACUUGAAACAUCACGGAUGGUAGACCACAAAAACCUCCUGUCACUUCAUGAUGCAUAUGAAACACCCAAGAAACUCAUCAUGGUCAACGAACUAUUGACCGGUGGCUCGCUUCUAGACCGCAUCAUCAAAUCUGGAAGUCUGACUGAGAAUAGUGCUGCCUUCUAUGUGAGGAAGCUACUGGGAGGCCUGAAUGAGCUUCACAAGAUGAACAUUGUACAUAUGGACAUCAAGCCAAACAACCUGAUGUUCCCAAGUCCUGAAUCUGAUGAGCUCCGGUUGAUUGAUUUUGGCUUUGCAAAGAAACUUCCUCACACCAAGGAUGUUCUGUUCAACUUUGGUACGCCUGAGCACGCGUCCCCAGAGCAGAUUGACCAUGAGCCCGUCACUCUAGCCAGUGACAUGUGGUCAGUCGGUGUCCUCACUUACAUACUGCUGAGUGGUGUGUCUCCUUUCCAUGACAACACUAUUCGAGAUUCCCUCAUCAAGACUGUGGACUGUGACUGGCAAUUUGACACCGCCUUCAACAAAGUCUCUGCCGAUGCGAAGGACUUCAUCUCCAAACUCCUUGUCCUUGACCCAAUGGACCGCUUGACAGUUGAGGAGUGUUUAGAACACUCUUGGCUGAAGAACACCACAGACCGAAAUGGAGGUGCUAAGAUUGAUGUGGGCAAACUCAAGACUUACCAAACUCAGGCACGCCAGACUGGUGAGCCUUCUAUGCGGACUGUGGCUGACCUGUACAGUCUGAGCAAGUUGUUAGAGGGCACUCCCCGCCAUGGAGGUCUACACCCAGAGGUCGACUCGGCCACAAGCAAGAUCACUUUCCCAGGGUCCGAGGCAUAUGGAGAGUUUCUUGAUGAUGAGUCUUGGUAUGACUGGCAGAUGCGCUACCAGCCUGGCCAUGAAUCAGAGCUCUACCCAACCAAGGACACUGAUUACUCUCUGCGAGUGCGUGGCUACCGGCGCCAAGCUGGUGAGCCCGAUGACAGCUUUGACCUUGAAGAUGAAGUUUAUGGGGAUGACGAUUACUCUGUAAAGGCACCUACUGUCCGAGAGCGCCGUCUGUUGUCUGAUGUGGACAAGGAAACCCUGCCGCCUUCCCUGGAAAAGGAAAUGGCAUGGAUGGCGGAGAUGAGAGAGAAGAGACCAAAAGAUACUGAUGAGAUGAGCAUUGCUUCCAAGCGAUCAUCCCUGGGAUCUGUUUCAACGGAAGGAUUCCCUGGUCCAACAUUCAAGGCCAAGCUGGAGGAUAUGGCUGUCGGGGUAGGGGAGACAAUCACAUUAUGUUGUCACAUGAUGGGGCCGCCCUUGCCCACUGUUGCCUGGUAUCGCAACGAGGAACUCCUCUCAGAUGCUACCCGUACAAAGAUCGGUGUGUGUGGUGAUGGCCGAGCUUACCUCACCCUCUCCAAUGUGAAGGAGUAUGACACAGGCAUAUACAAGUGUGUCGCCCGGAAUAAGUAUGGACGCUCCUCGUGUAGGUGCAGGCUGAUGAUUGGAGAGCCCCCUGAGCGGCCAGGUCAUCCAGUGGUAACUCAGAUCACAUCUGGUGAGGCCUUUGUCAUCUGGACUUCAGCCAAGACUAAUGGCAACUCUGAUAUUCUUUACUACAGGCUGGAUUACAAGAAACCAGGAGCAGAGAAAUGGAAGACAGCUGCCAAGGUGACCACAGAGUGUGCCAUCGCAACAGGUUUGAUGCCAGACACACCCUACAGGUUCCGCGUGUGUGGAGUGAAUGAGUUUGGGCCCAGUCCUUACAGCUGGGGGUCUGUGGAAGUCACAAGCAAACCUGCAGGUGCACCUGCUAUCACCUCUGAUCCUGAAUAUGACCUACGGUUAUUGCGACAGCGUCAGACUGUGGCACCGGAACCACCAGCAAGUCGAUGGGAAGUCAGUGAAGUGGAAGAGGUUGAGACUGAAGCUGACCUGAAGAAGACCAAACCAGAAGAUGUGUACAACCUCGGAGACACACUCUGGAAGGGCAAGUUCUCACAGUACAUAAGCUGCAAUAAUGCUGCGACAGAAAAGGAUCAUAUAAUGCGAGUGGUACCUCUAACAAAGGACAAUGAAAGUGACAGGUUGCGUGAGUUUAACAUUCUUAAAGGCAUCCAACACAACCACGUUGGACAACUUUUGGAAGGAUUCCAAACAAGCACAGACUUUUACAUGGUGUUGGAGAGAAUGACAGGGGACAAUAUUGCUCGUUACCUCGGCUACAAACGUAGAUACAGUGAGGAUGCUGUUGUGUGUGUUUUACGGCAAGUGAUUGAUGCCUUACAAUUUUUGCAUCGCCAUGGUUAUGCACAUCUGAAUCUUCAACCUGGUAGCAUCAUCAUGGCCAACAGACAGAGUCUCAAUAUCAAGCUAGUUGAUUUCAGUCUAGCAAGGAAGAUCUCACCAGAGGGAGAUACUGUGCCAAGGAUGGGCUACCCUGAUUUCAUGCCUCCUGAGGUUGUUGUCGGAGAGCGUGUGGGCUGCUGUGCCGACCUGUGGGGACUGGGUGUCCUAGCCUUCCUGCUGCUUAGUGGGGAGUCUCCCUUCUCUGCCAACACAGAUGAUGAGACGCUUGCCAAUAUUGCAUACAACAGAUAUAAUGCUAAUGACAUGUAUGAAAACGUCUCAAAGGAGGGACUAAAGUUUAUCUUCAAACUCCUCAAGCGUAUCCCAAGGAACCGUCCAAGUCUGGCUGACUGCCUGGACAUGAAGUGGAUGCUGCAGACAGAUGCCAUCAUCAAGUCACGGAGUGAAACUUGGUUCCCAACAAACAAGAUCCGCACUUUUGCUGAUGAAUAUGACAAACGAAGAGUGGCUGACAGCUUCAGACUAGAUUACACAAAGCUUGAGCUGACGACCAAAAAACCUGUAGAAAGCAAGCGUGUGCGCAAAGAGAGAAAACCUGCAGCUGAAGCUGAACCUCAAGCUGAUCAGUCGGUAACUGAGAGCACAAAGAAAUUUGCCCCUAAGGUUAUAAAGGAAUUGGAGGCUGAACCUGAAAGUGAGGCUGGUGCAGGUGAAAGUGAGGCUGUUAAGCCUGAGACAACAGAAGAGAAGAUAGAACAAGUUGCUGAUGAUGUUGUGUCCAAAGCUCUUGAUGAGGCCAUGCAAUCUUCUGAGUUAACCAGUGCAUGAUGUGCACACCUUAUAGGAUUUCUUACCAAGGAAUGAUGGAAUGAAAGAACAGCGGUGACUUGUUGAGAUGUGUAUUUUCGAAAAUACGUGAAGACUUCUAUAUAUUUCUACCUAUGUGAUAACCAGUUGCCCUUCAUCUAGAUAUUCCCGUUUGCCUGCAGUAACCUCAGUCAAACAUUCUGUACACUGAAUCAGAUUAAAUCAUCACUUAUUUAACAAUUCCAGAGUGUUCAACUUUAAAAGUCAUAAUAUAGAGAAACUGGCUACUUCCCUGUUAUAUAUGGAAUAUAAUGGUUCUAUUUGAUUCAGUUCAGUGAAUGUUAAACUGGGAGACAAAAGUGUUUCUCUUUAUUCAAGGUUAGUGAGUGACCUUGACCUACUUUGUGUGGUGCUCCUACUCAGAUGUGUGAGGGAUUGUGAAAUGUGUAAUUUUUGGUACAACAUUGCAUCACACCUAGAAGUUGUGUACAUUUUUGAAUAUUUAUUUUUGAAAGGGUCAGUUGCAAUCUUCAGAUUCUGAAGUGAAUUUGAGUCUGAAAAUGUGAUAUUUUAACCUGUUUGCAUUUGAAUGCAUUUUAUGAUGCUUGACUAAGUCAUCUAUGUACUUAUGACACAUUAUAUGUGAUUAGUUUGAUUCCUCUGUGCUUUCUGGAAUGCUUAGUGAUUGGUGAACAUAUCAAUCAUUGUGUAAGUCAUACCAAAGAAGUGAUAUUAUUGCGAAACUAUUUUUUACCCUUUAACCCAAAAUGAAUGUUGUAAGCGUAAUUGGUAUAUAUUUGUGCAUAUUUUUCUAUGUAAAAAAGAAUACAGAUGCACACUUGCAUCAACCUUUUGUCAUCACAAACUAAAUACCAGAGGAUAAAUGGAUAUCUUUUGGAAGAAAAAAAUAGUUUUCUAUAUUCACAGUAUAUGAAAAGGAGAUUUGGGUGGUCCAAUGUGUUAUUCAUUUAUUUAAAAAAUGUUUACAUUGUAGAUGUCUUUAUAUUUUGUAUUCAUUGAUGGACAAAGAUAGCAGUUUGUGAACAACCACUGAGUAUUCAGAAAUAACAGAUGAAUCCUAAUGUGCAAUAUCGAUGUUAUACUUUAUCAUAUUACAAGAAUUACAUGCAAGUUUUCUGCAAAGGUUUACAUAUGUGUAUUUAUUUUAUCAAUGGAUGUAAACAGCUCCUUGCAUUAACAUAGGUGGAUCCAGAGUGGUGUGUGUGUCCAGGCCCCACCUUUUGAAUGUGGUAUGUUGUAGGCAGUAAAAUUGUUGGAGGGAGGAUUUUCAUAUUUUGGACACCUCCAAUUUUAAAAAUGCCGGAUCCGUCCUUGCAUUAAGUUAAUUUGAUUUGAGACAAGACCAGGGCUAUGUUGUGUGAUGUUGAGAUAAGUACUAAGAGCUGGCAACUGCAAUAUGUAGAUCUCAUAGGACUCAGGGUGCAGUGCCUGUGCCCAAAUUUGUGUACAGUAGUCAGGAAUACAUGAUGGGAGGUUGUGGUAUGGUUUUUGUGUGACAUGUACAGCCAGAUUAACAGUUUGUUUGCAUUGUUUUCAGAAUAUUUAUUUGAAAAUACUGAGCUCAAUCUAUGACAACAUGUUUUUGACUUGGCUCAUUCAAUAUCACAGAUUUCACAACAUUUGGCAUUCAGGGGAGAUUACUGCUUGGAAGGGAGAUAACUGGAGAGGUUAUUUUUCUGAUCCAUUGCUUGUAUUUUUCAAUCAUUUCUUCUGAGUUGUUUCUUUCUUUUUUUGUAAUGGUAGAUACUGAAUUUGGAUAUUUAGUUUUUUUUGUAAAAGUGUAAUUAUUCAAGUACAUUUGCUUUGCAUGUAUUACUUUGAAUGAACAAUGUAAUGACCAUAUGUUGAAGGAUUUUGUGAUUGAAAUGUUUACCAACCAAUCUGUGAUCACAUUACUGCAUUUAUUGUGUGAAAUACCCUUUCUUCGUGUAGACUAUUUACCCUUUGGGUGUCAGGAAGGGCAACUGUGAACUCCUCACUAUAUAGCUGAAAUAAACCCUGUGAUAAUA